AUGAAGUUGGCAGAGGUAAAGUGCCAGGUUGAGAGGCAAGAGAAACUCCUACGACAGAAGGAGAAAGACCUGCAACUAAAGACCGCUGAAGCGGCGCGGAUGGCGAGGCUCAUCCAGGAAGAAAACGACGCGAAUCCGGCAGGAAAGACGUCGAUGAAAUCGUCGACUGGUGGUGUACAGGCCGAACUGAAGGACUACCUGGAAGAUGAGGUUCGACAGAUGCGAGAAGCGAAGGAGAAAUUGCUUUGCAAGCUCAAGAACCUGCAGGGGAAUUACAGAUGCCUGGAGAAGUGCAGGAGCAGCAAUCCAUCUUCAAGGAAUGGCACGAUCCAGUCUAAGCUGGACUCACGAAGACGGAUCAGAUUUGAAAAAUUAGAGAAUAGAAAGGAAAAUGGAGGGAUUAUAGAAACGUUGAGGAAAAUGAGAGGAUUGGUGGAGUGCCAGGAGAAGGAGCAUAGGACUCAGGGAAGAUUGGUGGAGUGCCAGGAGAAGGAGCAAAGGAUUCAGAGAAGAAUAGUGGAGUGCCAAAAGAAGGACGGCGGGCAAGGCCCGCCGAGCCAGCCCGGUACGGGCGGGCGGGCAGACCAGGAUGUCUGCCGAGCCGGCCCGGCGCGGGCAGGCGGGCGGGCCAGAAGGUCUGCCCAGCAGGCCCGGCGCAGGCAGGUGAGCGGGCCACAAGGUCGGCCCAGCAGGCCUGGUACGGGCAGGUGGGUGGGCCACAAUGUCUGCCCAGCAGGCCCGGUGCAGGCAGGCCUGGUGCAGGCAGGCGGGCGGGCCAAAAGGUCUGCCAAGCAGGCCUGGUGCAGGCAGGCGGGCGCGGCCAAAAGCUUUGCCCAGCCGGCCUGGUGCAAGCAGGCGGGCGGGCCUAAAAGGUAUGCCAGGGCAGGCCUGGUGCAGGCAGGCGGGCGGGCCAAAAGGUCUGGCCCAGCAGGCCUGGUGCAGGCAGGCGGGCGGGCCAAAAGGUUCUGCCCAGCAGGCCUGGUGCAGGCAGGCGGGCGGGCCAAAAGGUCUGCCCAGCCAGGCCUGGUGCAGGAAGGCGGGUGGGCCAAAAGGUCUGCCCAGCAGGCCUGGUGCAGGCAGGCGGGCGGGCCACCUUUCUGCCCAGCGGGCCUGGUGCAGGCAGGCGGGCGGCCCAAAAGGUCUGCCCAGGCAGGCCUGGUGCAGACAGGCGGGCGGGCCAAAAUUUCUGCCCAGCGGCCUGGUGCAGGAAGGCGGGUGGGCCAAAAGGUCUGCCCAGCAGGCCUGGUGCAGGCAGGCGGGCGGGGCCAAAAUUUCUGCCCAGCGGCCUGGUGCCAGGAAGGCGGGUGGGCCAAAAGGUCUGCCCAGCAGGCCUGGUGCAGACAGGAGGGCGGGGGCGGGCCAAAAUUUCUGCCCAGCGGGCGCUGGUGCAGGAAGGCGGGUGGGCCAAAAGGUCUGCCCAGCAGCCUGGUGCAGGCAGGCGGGCGGGCCAAAAUUUCUGCCCAGCGGGCCUGGUGCAGGAAGGCGGGCGGGCCAAAAGGUCUGCCCAGCAGGCCUGGUGCAGGCAGGCGGGCGGGCCGUCUGCCAAAAGGUCAGGCCUGGUGCAGCAGGCGGGCGGGUGGGCCAAAAAAGGUCUGCCAGCAGGCGGGCGGGCCAAAAGGUCAGCCCCGCAUGCCUGGUGCAGGCAGGCGGGCGGCCAAAAGGUCAGCCCAGCAGGCCUGGCAAGGGGGUCUGCCCAGCAGGCCUGUGCAUGGCAGGCGGGCGGGCCAGGUCUGCCCAGCAGGCGGGCGGCAGGUCAGCCCAGCAGGGCCUGGUGCAGGCGGCGGGCGGGCCCAAAAGGUCAUGCCCAGGCAGGCCUGUGCAGGCAGGCUGGGCGGGCCAAAAGGUCUUGCCCAGCAGGCCUGGUGCAGGCAGGCGGGCGGGCCCAAAUGUCUGCCAGGCAGGGCCUGGGCAGGCAGGCCCGGGCUGCCAAAAGGGUCUGCCCGCAGGCCGGGGUGCAGGCAAAAGGCCGGGCGGGCCCAAAAGGUCAGGCCCAGGCCGGUCCUGUUGGCAGGCAGGCGGGCGGGCCAAAAGGUCUGCCCCAGCAGGCCUGGUGCAGGGUGCAGGCGGCGGGCCAAAAGGUCUGCCCAGCAGGCCUGGUGCAGGCAGGCGGGCGGGCCAAAAGGUCUCCCAGGCAAAAGGGCCUGUCGGCAUGCCCAGGUUGGCGGGCCAGGUCCUGGCCCAGCAGGCCUGGUGCGCAGGCGGGCGGGCCAAAGGUCUGCCCAGCAGGCUGGUGGCAGGCAGGCGGCGGGCCAAAACCGGUCCUGCCAAAACAGGCCUUUGGUGGAGGCAAAGGCGGGCCCCGGGCCCAAAAAGGUCUGCCCAGGGGGCAGGCUGGUGCUAGGCAGGCGGGCGGGGCCAAAAGGUCUGCAGGCAGGCGGGCGGUCCAAAAUUUCCUGCAGGCAGGCGGGGGGCCAAAAUGGUGGUCAGGAAGGCGGGCGGCCGGCCAAAAAGGGCAUGCCCAGCAGGGCCUGGUGCAGGCAAAAGGCCCUAGGGCGGGCAAAAGGUCUGCCCCAGGCAGGCCUGGCCUGCAGGUGGCAGGCAGGCGGCGGGCCAAAAGGUCUGCCCAGCCAGGCUGUGCAGGAAGGCGGGCGGGCCAAAAGGUCUUCCCAGCAGGCCUGGUGCAGACAGGCGGGCGGGCCAAAAUGGUCUGCCCAGCAGGCCAUGGUGCAGGCAGGCGGGCGGGCCAAAAAGGUCUGGGGCCGCCCCCCAGCAGGCCUGGUGCAGGUCAUGGCGGGGGGGCGGGCCCAAAAUUUCUGCCCAGGCGGGCCUGUGUGCAGGAAGGCCGGGCGGGCCCAAAAGGUUUCUGUUGCCCAGCAGGGCCUGGUGCAGCAAGGCGGGACGGCCAAAACAAAAAAAAAAAGGUCUGCCCACGCAGGCCGGGUGGCAGGCAGGCGGGCGGCCCAAAAGGUCUGCCAAGGCAAGGCCUGGUGCAGGCAGGGCCCGGGCGGGGCAAAAGGUCUGCCCAAGCCAGGCCUGGUGCAGGCAUGGCCGGGCAGGGCCAAAAAGGUCUGGCCCAAGCAGGCCUGGUGCAGGACAGGCGGGCGGGCCAAAGAAGGUCUGCCCAGCAUGGCCUGGUGCAGGCAGGCGGGGGGCCGGCCGAAAAGGUCUGCCCAGCAGGGCCUGGUGCAGGCAGGCGGGCGGGCCAAAAUUUCUGGCCCAUCGGGCCUGGUGGGCCAAAAGGGAGGCGGUCGGCCAAAAGUGUCUGCCCAGGAGGCCUGGUGCAGGCAAGGCUGGGACGGGCCCAAAAGGGUUUCUUGCCCUAAAGCAGGCCUGGUGCAGGCAGGCGGGCGGGCCAAAAGGUUUCUGCCAAGCGGCGGGCGGGCCAAAAGGUCAGGGUCCAGCAGGCCUGGGUGGCAGGCAAGGCGGGCGGGCCAAAAGGUCGCCCAGGGCAUGCCUGGUGCAGGCAGGCGGGAGGGCCAAAAGGGUCUGCCCCAAAGCGGCCUGGUGCAGGGUUCAGCGGGCUGGGGCAAAAGGCUGGGGCCAAAAUUGCAGGCAGGCGGCGGGGGGCCAAAAAGGGUCUGCCCAGCAGGCCUGGUGCGGAAGGCGGGAGGGCCAAAAAGGUGCCCAAAGCAGGCCUGGUGCAGGCAGGCGGGGCGGGCCAAAAAGGUCUGCCCAAGCGGGGGCCUGGUCAGGCCCAGGGGGCGGGCGUUGGUUGGCAGGCGGGCGUGCCAAAAGGAAGGCGGGCGUUGCCCAGGUCUGCCCAAAAGCGGCCUGGUGCAGGCAGGCGGGCGGGCCAAAAUUUUCUGCCCAGCGGGCCUGGUCAGGAGGCGGGCGGGCCAAAAUCUGCCCAGCGGGCCUGGUGCAGGCCAAGGCGGGCGGGCCAAAAGGUCUGCCCAGCAGCCUGGUGCAGGCAGGCGGGCGGGCCAAAAUUUCUGCCAGCGGCCUGGUGCAGGAAGGCGGGCCGGGCCAAAAGGUCUGCCCAGCAGGCCUGGUGCAGGCAGGCGGGCAAAAAAGGUCUGCCCAGCAGGCCUGGUGCGGCAGGCGGGCGGGCCAAAAAAUUUCUGCCCAGCGGCCUGGUGCAGGAGGCGGGCGGGCCAAAAGGUCUGCCCGCAGGCCUGUGCAGGAGGCAAAAUUUUCGUGGCGGGCAAAAGGUCUGCCCAGCAGGCCUGGUGCAGACAGGCGGGCGGGCCAAAAGGUCUGCCCCAGCAGGCCUGGUGCAGGCAGGCGGACGGCCAAAAGGUCUGCCCAGCAGGCCUGGUGCAGACAGGCGGGCGGGCCAAAAGGGUCUGCCCAGAGGCCUGGUGCAGGCAGCGGAACGGGCAAAAGGUCUCCAAGAGCCUGGUGCGCAGGCGGGCGGGCCAAAAGGUCUGCCAAGCAGGCGGGCGGGCCAAAAGGUCUGCCCAGCAGGCCUGGUGCAGGCCUGGUCAGGCCAGGCGGGCGGGCCAAAAGGUCUGCCCAGCAGGCCUGGUGCAGGCAGGCGGGCGGGCCCAAAAUUUUCUGCCCAGCGGGCCUGGUGCAGGAAGGCGGGCGGGCCAAAAAGGUCUGCCCAGCAGGCCUGGUGCAGGCAAGCGGGCGGGCCAAAAGGUCUGCCAAGCAGGCCUGGUGCAGGGGUUGGCUGACAAAAAUGAGGAGGCGGAGAGGUCUGCCCAGCAGCCUGGUGCAGGCAGGCGGGCGGGCCAAAAGGUUCUGCCCAGCAGGCCUGGUGCGGCAGGCGGGGGGCCGGCCCAAAAGGUCUGCCAAGCAGGCCUGGUGCAGGCAGGCGGGCGGGCCAAAAGGUCUGCCCAGCAGGCCUGUGCAGGCAGGCGGGCGGGCCAAAAUUUCUGCCCAGCGGGCCUGGUGCAGGAAGGCGGGCAGGCCAAAAGGUCUGUCCAGCAGGGCCUGGUGCAGACAGGCGGGGGGCAAAAGGUCUGCCCAGCAGGCCUGGUGCAGGCAGGCGGGCGGGCCAAAAUUUCUGCCCAUGGCCUGGUGCAGGAAGGCGGGCGGGCCAAAAGGUCUGCCCCAGCAGGCCUGGUGCAGACAGGCGGGCGGGCCAAAAGAUCUGCCCAGCAGGCAUGGUGCAGGCAGGCGGGCGGGCCCAAAACAAUUUCUGCCCAGAAAGGGUCGGGGCCUGGUGCAGAAAGGCGGGCGGGCCAAAAGGUCUGCCCAGCAGGCUGGUGCAGGCAGGCCUGGCGGGCCCAAAAGGGUCUGCCAUCAGGCAGGCGGGCGGGCGGGCCAAAAGGUCUGCCCAGCAGGCCUGGUGCAGGCAGGCGGGCGGGCCUGGUCUGCCCAGGCAGGCCUGGUGCAGGCAGGCGGGCGUGCCAAAAGGUCUGCCCAGCAGGCCUGGUGCAGGCAGGCGGGCGGGCAAAAGGUCUGGCCAAUAGCAGGGCCUGCCCAAAGGCAGGCCUGGUGGCAAGGCAGGCGGGCGGCCAAAGGUCUGCCCAGCAGGCCUGUGGUGCAAGCAGGCCGGGCAGGCCAGGUUCAAAAGGUCUGAAAAGCAGGCCUGGGUGCAGGGCAGGCGGGCAGCCAAAAGGUCUGCCCAAAAGCAGGCCUGGUGCAGGGCAGGUGCCCGGGCCAGAAAGGUAUGCCAAGCAGGCCUGGUGCAGGCAGGCGGGCGGGCCAAAAGGUCCUGCCCAGCAGGCCUGGUGCAGGCAGGCGGGCGGGGGGCCAAAAGGUCUGCCCAGCAGGCCUGGUGCAGCAGGCGGGCGGGCCAAAAGGUUUCUGCCCAGCAGCUGUGCGCAGGCGGGCGGGCCAAAAGGUCUGCCCAGCAGGCCUGGUGCAGGCAGGGCGGGCGGGCCAAAAUUUCUGCCCGCAGGCCUGGUGCAGGUGGGGGGGGCAAAAGGUGGGCGGGCCCAAAGUCUGCCCAGCAGCCUGGUGCAGGCUGCCGAGGCGGGCCAAAAAUGGGGGCCUCUGCCCAGCAGCCUGGUGCAGGCAGGCGGGCGGGGCCAAAAUUUCUGCCCAUCAGGCCUGGUGGCAACAGGCGGGUCGGGGGGCCAAAAGGUCGCCCAGCAGGCCUGGUGCAGGCAGGGGGUGGGCGGGCCAAAAGGUAUGCCAAGCAGGCCUGGUGCAGGCAGGCGGGCGGGCGGGCCAAAGGUCUGCCCAGCAGGCCUGGUGCAGAGUUCAAAAUUAGAUUGCUUCACAUUCAUGAAGCCUGUUUAUCGUGUUCAGUACUCCCUUAGUACCAUAACCUGA